CGCCCGCCGCUCGUGCAAAUCAGACGCCGUGCUGUUCCUUUCCUCAGAAGCUAGCCGCCCGUAGCGACAUCGCAACCGUCAGGUCACUCCCGCGCGUCCACACUCAAAGACCCACAUCACCCAUGGAGCUGGUAGAGUCCUCACAGGGAAACACCGCAGUUACCUCCAGGCUUGUUGGAGGAGAAACAAAUGAGCCAGUCUUUAGGCUGAAUCUUCCAGCAGGAUUCAGCGUCGUGGUGGACGACGUGGACACGGGCAGCCACGAGCAGCUGCAGCUGGAGGCCGAGGAGCGGCUGGAGCCGCAGCCGCAGCCGCGCGCCAAGACGCCCGAGGGCGAGGACGCCCCCGCACCGGAGGAGCAGCCGCCAGACGCCCGCAUCCGCCAGAUACAGGUGGAAGCUGAGAGCCGCAAGAGCGAGUUCGCACGGCUCCUGGAGGAGCACGCGCAGGUGGUGAUGCAGCUGAAGCAGAUGGAGAGCGACGAGGCGGUGUUGGCGCCCCCCGCCACCACCACCAGCGCCUAGGCGCCACCGAGGCACCGGCCACAGCCGCCACAGGCCUACGACGGCGAUCCGUCAUUUCUCUCGCACCGUCAUUCCUCCUCUACCUAACCCUCCCCUAUGUCCUCUUCCUCAGGGACGUGAACGAACCAGCUGUCGCACCACAGGGCCCAAUUUUCUUCGUCCCCUUUCUCUGUAAAUUUAGUACUUGUCUUAGAGCACUAACGUUUCACUGUUGUUGUCAUUCAGUCUGUGUUUCUUGUGAGAUAACGCUAAAUUUACAUUUCGAAUAAGAUUAAUAAUAAACUUUGUGCAAAGGCCACAUCCGAGCCCAGUUCCAUCUCAAGCUCUCUGAGUCCACUCGCUAACUACCCUGCAUUGCCCAUUUACUUAUUUCCCAGUCUUGUAACUAAAGUGUAGUUACCCACAGAGGUCCAGUGUAAGCUUAAUCAUUGUACGGCAGUCUGGUAGAUAUUCUAACAUGCUGAUGCGGAGUCGAUUUACGCUGAAAAAUUAGUUCCAGUUUUGUCCACCAGGUGCAAAUCUGGCGCCAUGAAUGCAAGAAAGACGUAUAAAAAUCUUUUCACAUGUAAUGGAUUAGAAAUGGGACACGGGCAGAAAAGGUGAAACAAGAGAGAAAGGCUAUAAUAUAAUAAAAUUAUAGAAUAGAUGAUAAUAAAAUGUUGAAAUGCGUGACUUUUUAAAAUGUAUUGAAUUAAUGAUACUAAUUUUUCGGCAUGAAUGACAAGCACAACAAGCUGAGCUAUGCCUGGAAAUGAGUUCGUAUUAGUUCAUAUUAUUUUACAGGGCGAAGUAGUUUCUUUCUCCGUUGUAGAUUUGUGCUUACCAUUAUUUAUAAUGCCACGUUUGGUCGCCGUGUUCACCUAUGAAGUCUUGACCGUGUUUCCAUUAAGCUUAUCGGAUCUUCGUAAUUUUCCAAAGUACACAGGUGGGCUUCAGUUCUUGUAAUUAUCGUACUAUUUGAAAUAACAACUCACACGACCUUUCUGUUAAUAAAACAAUACUGUACUUUUCUAAACGGUGCACAUAUGAAAUGAAUACUCCUCACUUAUUCAUAGUGACCCCAAAAUGGCGGUCUACAAUUACUCGCUAAAAAUGGCGUGCUUCUCACUCGUUAACUAGCUGAACGCGAAUCCUCCCUUCCUCAUACUGGUAUAAGAAAAACUCCUCUCUUUUUUAACAACUGAAAACCAAAAAUACCUGACGCUAGGCAUAGG